AUGGGGAGGAAGGAACCACUUCGGUUUGCUGAAGUCUUUUCGGGGGAAGGUGCUCUGAGCACUGAGUUCCAAAGGAGGGGAUUCCAUAGCCUCGCCAUUGACUACACCCGGGGUGGUAUCCUUCAUGAUAUCAGCAAUGAUGAAGUGGUGGAGUCAUUGAAGAACAAGUUGCUGAUGUACCACUAUGUGCACUUUGCACCGCCAUGCAACACGUUCUCGAAUGCUCGUUUCCCAAAGUUGAGGUCGAAAAGCCAUCCCUGGGGGUUGCCCGUCUUCUUGAAGCAUCCCGCCAUCAUCUUAUCCAACAAGAUCAUCCAGAACACCAUCAAGUUAGCGAUGUGGCUGGCAAAGCAUGGGGUUCGUGUGUCGAUUGAGAACCCUCAUUCGUCAUGCUUGUGGAGCAUCCCAGAAAUCCAUGAAAUGGUUCUUCAGGACACGGCCUACUGGAACUACACCGAUUGCGACUAUUGCCGAUAUGGCAUGCUCUACCGGAAGAGAACCCGCAUCCUUUCAUGCCAGUUUCACCAGUUUCCUUUGCAAGAGGGUGCUUGUUUCUUGACCCCGAUUGGAAAGAUGAUCUGCAGGGGAUGCUUGAGCAAGCUGCUCAUCCAGGGCCAGGGCAGAAUGCCUGCUAGUGCUCGUGCAGCUCUGAUGAAACCUAGGAAGAUGCUGCAGGACGUAGACACCAUGCUGCAUUUCAGCGUGGCUUUGACAGCCAUGCCCAAGCGGCCCAGCAAUGGGAGCACCUCAGGCCGAGGGGCGAAGAAGCCCAAGUCUGAUGAUGGAUUGCCAGAGCUAACCGAUGCUGAACGAGAUCAGAUCUCACACCUAGAAUGGUGGCCCACUGUCAUGAAUGAUCUUGAUGAGAUGAUGUCCAAACACACUAGCCUAGCAACCUUCUUUGUCAAGGAGUUCCCAGACCUGGAUUCCCGAAAAAAACUAGCUCAGGAUUUGCUCGAAGCCUUUCCAGUUCCUGAUGGAGUUUGCCUUUCCACUGACCUCUCCCCGGGAAUCAAAAAUUGGGCUGUGUGGCAAGGAUGCUUUCAUGUUCAGGCAGGCAACAAGGGGCUGCUGCUUGCGGAGUACACUCGCAACCUGGUGCAGCUGGUGUUGGUGCAAGGAUGCCGGACUGAUGCCACCCGGUGUGCAGGGGUGGAGUUCCCUGUCCUACAACCUCUCAUUGCUACUUACUUCGACCAAGAGUGGCUUUGUGAUGAUAUCAUCCCCGGGACAUACCAGUGUCAAAGCUUGGGAUUCACCAAGGGGUGGAGCAGGGCAAUUUGUUUCCUGACUGCUGCCUACCUUCUUCAAAAGCAUGGCUUGGUUGAGGAGUAUCGUGACAAGAUGCCUUCCCAAUUCCAAUCCUUUUGCCUCUUGAAGGGGAUGGUGGUGGAAACUGCUGGGAGUGAGAUUGACCGCAUCAGGGCCAACAGGGAACUGACUAUGGCUUCUAUCAGCACACGUUCCAAGCCCAACUGUUUCACAGCAUUGCACCAGCUGCAGCGGCGCUUGAAGCAUGGAGAGACUUUGGAGCUAGCAAUGGGCCAACUGCAGUCGGCCAAGUCUUUGAAGGCAAUCUUUGGCUUGUCCCAAGCUGAAGGUGCUGCUGUGCAGAACCUAGUGAGCUACCUCCCGGCCACAGUCAAAGACAUCUUUGCGGUUGCUGUCUCUGAGUUUGGCAUCAUUCGUGGCCCCAUCACUCAUGGUGGGAUUGGUUGCCCAACUUUUCGCCUUGGAGCUGAGCCUGAAGUCAUUGCCCCAGAAUGGGCCCAGAGAUUGAGGAACACAUCAUCAUCUCUGAUCUUGGCGGCUAGCCGCAUUGUGGAAGACUUUCGUGCUGCACCUGCUGGCCUCAGGAAGCCUGCUGGCCCUGUGGAGGUCCAAAGGAUGUGUCGGAUCACCAGGUGCUGGGAAGUUGUGAUGGAGAAGUUUUCUUCCCAGCUUCCGCAGAAAUGUGUUGAAGCAGAGCUGCCGAAGUUGAAAGCUCUCUUUGAGAAGAAGAUCUUUGACCAAUGGCUCUUUACGAUGACUGAAGAGUGCCCUGCUGAGAUUCCACUGUCUGCAGCGCCAGAGAUCCAGAAGCUCUUGGUGGAGCAGCAAAGCAGCAUUGAGAAGGAGGCGGUGGAGCGUGCGCAAGCUUUGCAGCUUCAAGUGCAGACUGCCACCUUUCAGAAGAUGGAAGAUGACCUCCAAUCUGACACUGCUGCUCUGAAAAAGUGGGCUUCUGUGGAGGAUGAACGGAAGAGGAACUGGAACUCAGCUGUGCUCACUCACAAGAGGAAGCGCUAUGUCAAGGGGUUGGUUGCUGUUCGGGAGUUGGCUUCCCAUUCAUUCCGGUGCAAAACGGCCAAUAUCGAGUGCCUUGAGAUGGAGCUUGCAGCAUUUCGCACUGCUGCUGAUUCUGCUCGCCCCACUGGGUCUGAGGACAAGCUUUUGCUUCUGGUGCUGGACUUCAGUGCUCCCCCAGGCCUCCCGGAGAUUGAUGCUUUGGUGCAAUGUGCUUGCAACACCCUUCACCAAGACAUUCGCAAUUGCUUGCUCAUCAUCUACCUCAAGAAGUACAGUGGGCAGAGUUCUCAGGCCACUCUGGCUGCCAGCCGCAGAAUCGAGGACAUGCUUAUCGGCUGCCAAGCCAACUUCGAUGUCGAGAUUGCUUUGCACUACAAUGUGGACGGCAUGCAUGCAAAUGACAAGCGGAACUUGAGUGCACGUGCAAGACUCUGCUUCAACGAGACUGUCUCCAAUGAGGCAACCCCUUCUCCAUGGAUGCAAUCCAUAGCCAGCAGGGGCAAGAUCAACGACAUACCAUUGCUGAGAAUCAAGGAAAUGAAGCGGUUGCUUCAGCCAGGGUCCCACACAGAUUGUGUUGAGGCUUGGAAUCUUUCUCCAGCAGAGCGGACCCAGCACAAGGGAUCGAAAGCAGUUUUGAGGAUCUUGGAGGCCUUGCUCGAGGGGAUGCAGACCAGCCCCAGCACACGGCUUGAUGUGGUGGAGUUGCAGCAGAUGGCUGUUCCUGACUGGAUGGAAGGCUGCUGGCAGGCACGCCAAGCAUGGCAAUCACAAGGUGGCAAGCCUGCAAUCCACUAUGCAGGUUUCAGCCGUGACCUUACCAUCCAGAAAACCAUUCAGGGCCACCUUGAGGCCACACUGAUGGAUGAAUUUUGGAAUCGGUCGCCUGAAGCAGGCCCUCCUGAGCCAACAGAUGGAAGCCCAGUAGACAAGCCUGUCCUCAGUCUUGCCAGUUGGGAGUCUGAAUCCCCAUGCCUGAGCGAUGUGGUGGUCAACAAAUUUGAUGGUGACGAUGUGUAUAGCAACCGUUGGAAUGGCAAAGUGGCAGAGUUUCGCCAAUUCAUCUCCAAUGUGAUCAGCCCUUUGGUUCAGAGGCCCAUCAGUGGCUCUUCUGAUGCAAGUGCGACUUCAAGCAUGGCAGGGCCAGACUUCUCAGUGGAGCCAGCUUUGGCAACCAUUGGCACCGCGAUGUUCACUGCUGUUCCAAAGGCAGAGUUCAAAAUGGAUGAUGUGUUGUUCCAAGUGAAAGCAGUUCCAAAAUUGCCGGCCCUCUACAUUUGCAAAGACUACUCAAUCUACAUGGCUAUGGAUGUGGAUGGCCCUCACAAGACUCUCAUGUCGGUGGCCGAGGUGCGCUUUAAGGCCUUCCAAUCCAAUGUGCCUGACCUUGGCAUUUUGGGACAUGUGGUGGAGCCCAUGAAAGUGGUCAAGGAUUCACAGGAAGUGGAAGCUUUCAUGCGGUGCACUGUUCAAGUGAACAUGGGUGGUGCAAUGUACUCUGCCCCCUCUACGCUCUCGGAUGCUAUGAUGGCAUCAGGUGUUCUGAAACGGGCUGCUGCAGGAGCAGCAUUUUUGGGUAGGCUGUCCAAAGUUACAUCUUUUCAUCAUGCUUCAAUUGUUUGGGAUGCAGUGAUCAAGCCAGAGCCACCUGCUGCUCUGAAGCCAUCGAAACCCAAACUUUACCUUGUUUCCUCUGCAACUUUGGAGCCCAACAUGUUUUACAAGUUGGAAUGA